GGUUGCACAGCAGACGCUCCAUUCGCGCACCAAGUCGAUCAUUUUGGGAAGAGUUGCAAUGCCUUUUCACGUGCAGACCAGCUGCAGUGAGGUGAAGUAUCAUCAUUCACAUCGAGCACUUCUGCAGAUGACAGUGCGGCUGGACUGCGCUUCGCUCCUGCCUUGCGGUACGGCGGAGCCGUUAGCUUCCUGCUGGCGGCUCGGAGUCACGGCAGCAGGAGCAAACACCAAGGUGCUCAUCACAAGUAAGUCGCACCGUCAGCAAAUCAAUUCGCGAAUCAGUCAGCGCUUGUUUGUGAUUCCUUGUCCGCACCCUAGGUUGUAGCUCCAACUGCCGACACAAAUGCGACACUCCAGACCACACCUUCACUUCCAACACCACUUCCUCUCAGCAGCAUGUGGUCGUACAAACCACUGCCCGGUGGACUGCCCACCGGCCAUAGGUGGAGCCUCCAUCCUGUAUUCUGGAAAGUUUGCUGCGCUCUCCUUCUGCUUCUGGUCAUCUUCAGAGAGUACACAAAUCCCGGCAUCACCAGCGAUUGGGCGCAACAACAUCUCGGUGCGCCAGCAGUGACCAAGCCUUCCGCGACAGUUGGCUCAGUUGAGUCAAAGCCGGUCUGGCCAUCUCCGCCCGCAUUACCGGAAUGGCAGUAUACCUGGGCCCGCGAUGGCAACAAUCAAGCGCUGACUGCUAGCCAAUGUGAUGCCGCAUUUCCGGCCCUCUACCAUGAGAUCGACCGUGCUCAGCAACACUUCAGUGGGAAGAACAUCAGCGAGAAAGACAUCGCCCUGACCGGCGGCAAUGAUGGUGGAGUGAAGUUCUUGAUCGUUGACUCUCAGGUGCGCAUCGUGCAAACGAGAGGCUUGUUCCGGGAAGACUUUAGACAUCGCAUCAUCGCUGUCGUUCAGCAAGUUGUGCAGGCUGUUGCAGCUGCCGAUGCAGUGGGCGAGCCAAUCCCGAACAUUGAGUUUAGCAUUGUCGUUGACGAUAUUGCCGUGCUCAAGGAGGAGAAUCCGGGAGCGCUCUGGUCUUUCACGAGGAAAUCUGCCGACCCUCGACAGGACAAUUUGUGGUUGAUUCCCAGCUUUCACUUCUUUGGCGCGCCUCCCGAAGCUGAGGGCUUUCGCACCAUGCAGCAAAAGUUCAGGAGACAUGACUCUCCGUUGGAAGAGAAAAUACCCCAGGUCGUGUGGCGUGGCGCACUGUGGGUGAAUGAGGCUGUGAGAAAGCCUUUGCUCCAGGUCACCGCUGACAAAGAGUGGGCAAAUGUGUCGGUAAGUUCGAUUUCUAGUCAAUGGCCGACGUGGGGCAGAUCUGACAAGUGAUGCAGUCGAUGGACUGGGGCAAGCCGGAUACGGUGAUCCCGAUGGACGAGUUCUGCAAGUUCCGAUACACAAUCAACACAGAGGGCCGGUCAUGGUCCGCGCGAAUGACCCAUCUUUUCAACUGCGAUAGCCUCCUCUUCGUACACGAUGUGGAUUGGAUCGCGCACUACUACCAUCUCAUAGAGAAUGGCGUCAACGUCGUUCACGUCAGUCGAGAUUUUUCUGACUUGUAGAACAGUAUUCUCUACUAUAACGAGAAUCUCGGCGAAGCCCAGCAGAUUGCAGAUGAGGCGAAGCGAACGUUCAGGGAACGAUACACCACCCCUGCUGCGACUGCAUGUUAUUGGAGAAGGCUGAUGAGAACGUGGGCCGAAACUGUGAGCUUUGUGCCCAGAGCCAACAAGACAAAGGACGGCCAACCAAUGAAGAAAACCCGCGGCAUCAGCUUCGAGGAGUUCAUCGUCCACAAGAAUGAUGAGGACGUUCCGUACAAGCGACCUGGAAGGUGAAGUGGGUUAUGGUCAUUGGAGGUAUCUUGACAUUUCGCAGUCAAUGACUUUGAGCGAACCAUAGAGGGGGGAGAACGGGCCGGUUACGUGCGAGUGCAAACUGUGCCAACAGCGGCAAGGUGACUGCUAGACGGCAGCUCCGAGUGCGGGCGUGGAAUAAAGCCAACAGCAGUGCACUCCCCUUCCGCUUGCCAGUAUACAACAGCCAGCUCCCCUCAUCGGGAUGCCUUGCCAGAGGCUAUAUGCUUCAGCUUCGUCGUAGUAAACCACCUCCUUCGAUAGGACCCAGGCGGCCAGCUGGACAUCACGAG